AUGCCGGUACAGAAGUCUCCGUUCUUUUGUGGAUGCUUAGCCAGGAGACCUCGCGCGCCUGGGACAGUGUUGGAGACACCCGAAAGACGAGACACAGGACGUAUCCAAGAAGAUAAAUCGGAGCCAUGCAUAAAACUCGUAGACGCCUCCGAUGCUGCGAAUUUCGCUGUCAACGAUAUGUUGCAUUCGACUGUUUUGCUGAAGGAAACAAAUCCCCUGAGCGCGGCCUUUGAGCGAGCCUGUUUGGACCGGCCCGAAGAUCAAAAAGUAGCGCUGAGAAAAGCGCAAGGACUGCAUGAGUUGUUUAAGCAACUCGAACGUUCAAACCAAAAGAGCAGUGAAGAAUCUGCGUUCCGACGAGGCGUCAAGAGACUCACUCCUACAAUCGGAGUGAUAGGAGGUAGCAUGGGUUUUGUGGGCUCACUGACUGCUCUGGAUCCAGCUGCGAAUAAUGCCUUCGGAAUAGUUCAGUCUGUCAUGACGAUCGCCAUCGGAGUCUGUGGCGCAGAAAUGCAGUUCCAGGAACAUGUUGAAGCCAUUCUACAAGGCGCUACUGUCAUUGAAAGAUGCGAUGAAAUCUGGGACUCAACGCGACCCCGAGGUCCGCACGUUUUCCAGGCUCUUGUAAAAGUCUAUACUGAUUUGCUCGACUUCUACUUCGAAGCCAUGCUCAUCUUGCAAAGCGACAGCUUCUUCCUCGGUGUACAAAAGAGCCGGUCUAGGCAGAGACUGCCCGAGAUUGCAUCAUCGUUCAAAGGUCACACAGAACAGCUCGACAAGUUCAUCAUUCAGGAGAUACUCGCCCUCAACCAGAAGAUCGACGAUGACCAGAUGAGCAUCAAAAUUCACGGUCUACUCGAUAAUGGCAAUCAAAAUAAGCAGAUCGAAUACUACAAUUCCCUCAAGGAGCGCGCCGACGAGGCAUGCGCCUGGAUUGUCUCUUCGAUCAAUUUCCGCGAGUGGCUUGGGCACUCCAAUCGUGACCUUCCAAUCCCAGAAAUCCCAGCUUCGAAGUUUUGCAUCCUGUUUGGAGACAUGGGAUCUGGAAAGUCUGCAACAACAAGUUUUGUUGUAGACUUCCUUACAUCACAUCCGAUCUUCUCGGAUUCAAUGAAGCCACUUGUCUGCGUCUACUACUGUAAGAAUGACAACGAGACCAACAAAGCGAGAAACAUAUACCGCAGCAUCCUCUCGCAGGUACUGAAGCGUAUGGGUCAACUAAAGCCGAUGUUUCUCAAAUGGCACAAAGAAGCGCAAACCAAGAACAGCCUGAUUGACCCAACCUGGGACGAUAAUGCGCUGCGCGACUUCUUGGUAGACGUACUUCAGACAUUCUCUAGACGAAUUUACCUUGUUCUGGAUGGCGUUGACGAAUGCGACUACAACAGCCGCGAUCACAUCCUACAGUUUUUCGAAAGGUUCCACAAGUAUGAAGCUCCAGUGAAUGUAUUCCUGUCGUGUCGGUACGAUGAGUCACUCAAGGAGAGAUUGCCGCCAGAACGGACAAUACUUCAAAUGCAGUCCUCACGCGAAAGAGAUCGCAUCAUUGCUGCUUAUCUCGUUGAGCGCCUCUUUAGGCAUCAGCCGAAGGAAUUCCAGGACAUGAUUAUACAAGAGCUAGCUUUGCAAGCAAAUGGGUCGGCGAUAUGGCUCAAGAUGGUGCUAGAGUACCUGAUGCGAAUUAGCCCUAGCAAAGGCCAGAUAAAGCGCGAGCUGAAACACAUCCCCCCUCCGCAGAGUCUAUCAAAGCUAUACCGAAAGCUUUUUGAGACUGCGGCUGCCGAACUACCCGAAAAUAAUCGCGUUCUCGAAUGCGCUCUUGAGACUUUAGUCGUGUCUAGACGAUUGCUUACCAUGGACGAGCUCACGUACGCAGUGACGCUCCAAGUCGAAGAGCAGAAAAUUCGCACAUUGGGCGAUGCUGAAGACUAUCUAAUCGACUCGAUACGACUUCAACAACUCAUCAGUCCCUUUGUGAGUUUCUCGGAUCAUGCUGGAAGUGCGACUGUGCGUGUAGUUCACCAAUCAUUAAAAGACCUCAUCCUUGAGAAGCCAGCGUCAGCCUGGGGAUCUGAGGGUCGUUCUGAGAACAAUAAGCAACGAUUGGCAAGCCUUCACAGCAAAUUAUUGAACUGCUGCAUCAAGUACCUACUCUUAGAAGGUCUUCAAGAGAAGGAGUUAUUCCCGGAUGAGCAACUGGAUACAUUGGAACGACGCGAAGAUGAGUUGGGAUUUUUCGGCGACUUCAACGUGGAGUCAGAUGAAGAUCAGCCUCGCGAGUCCAGUUCCUCACAAGCCCUAUCGCGAGAGUUUGACCCGGAAUCAGCUGGUCUCGGAAAGUUCUUUACCUACGCCGCAUGUUACUGGACAGAGCACUUCAAGGACUGUGCACCUGGCGUACUUCCCAAAGGGGACGAUAUCGCCAAACUAGCACGUCGCGGAUCGCCGACCCUUCGCAACUGGGUUGAGACAUACAAAAGACCCAACUUGACCUUGUCUUCGCAGCGUAACUUAAACGUUGAAGACUUUGACGAACUAGUCGUGGCAACCAGCUUUGGCUCCGAGGCUUUCCUAAUGACGUUUUUGAAACGCAAAUUCGAAAAAGACUGCAUUCGAGAUGAAUCACCAGCAGAAGCAGUGAAAUGGCUUAUGCAAUCUGGAAAUCUCGAUGCCGUCAAAACUCUGCUCGAAAACGAGUCUCUUCAGUACAGAUUUCGGGAUGGAUUGUUCCUCUGUCAAAUCAUCACUAUUUGCAAGGAUGCAGCGCAUACCAACAGCGCGAACCAGCAGAAGUGGGAUGAACUUCUCAGUAUCCUUGUAUGCGACUUCUUCAGCAGCGGCGAUUCCCCCUUCGAAUGGGCCAAUACUUUUCUGUGCUCGGCAGCUCGACAAGGCUGUCUGCCCAUGAUCGAAAUCCUCUUCGCCAAAGCCAGCAAAGAGCCAGACCUAGCCAAGGCGCUCGUGGCGGAAACUCAAGUUGACAGUCCUUACCAAUCAGUCGGAGAGGCAGCAUUUUGGGGCCAUGCAAACAUCGUCCAAUACCUGCUCACACAAAAGGAGGUCGAUAUCACUCCUCACUUACACCAUCGCACCACUCGCGAUCGGCGAAACGUACUGCACUGUGCUGCAUCGUCGAAAAACGCAGAUAUCCUUCGUAUUUUGGCUGAAAGGCUUCCGAGCGGAGUUGAAGAACAAUCAACGGAAGGAGACACUCCAUUGCAAUUACUGACAUUCGGUCACCACGCGAGCAUCGAAGCGAUUCGGGCUUUGGUAGAUGUCGGCAAGGCAGACGUCAACUCUUGUCCAGGAGGGAUAUAUUUCUCUCCGCUACGGACUGCUAUACGCGCUAAGAAUGUAGAGGUGUGCCGGCUGCUCGUGUCGUACGGUGCGCGUCUUGACGACGCACUACAGCGCGAUGCAGGUUCUGGGGAGAUGGGGCUAGCGGACGACUUGGGAGAAGCGGAGACCUCUCAGUGCGUCUUGGACAUACUGUUACCGCUCGCAAAAUCGUGA